CAAGUCACUUUGGCUCACCCCUGGCCUUGGUGCCACUCCUAUCCUGACAGCGGCAAACAGAACCGCCGGAUUCGUGGCGCCCGCCCCGCGGCCCGCGGCGCGAUGGACCUCAGCUCCAAAUCCAUGGAGGAGCUGUUGAAGAUGCAGAGUGAGGCCGUGAAGCACGUGUUGAGCAUCAACCAGGCGAUCGCGCGCAAGAGCCGGGAGAGGUCGCCCACCUCAAAGGCGAAGGCCAAGACGUCCCCGAAAGGACACCAGGCCUCCUUGACAUCGCUGCCCAAGGAUGGAGAGAUCCGCAUCGAGACGGGAGCGUUGAAGGAGCCGUUGCUGAUGAAGCGACAAAUGUCCCCAGGAGUCGAAGGAGGCUUCGGCAUCUUUGCCUCAGGUGCAAUGUUCCCUGAUGCUGACAAGAUCAAAGAGAAGGUUCGUGCAUCCUUGUUUGAAGAGGAACUGAACCCUGAGGACUUGUUCAAAACCACUGGAUGGUGCCAAGCAAUCGCACGUAAUCAGCUCUUCAAGAACAUGACCAUGGUUGUGAUCGUGUUGAACGCCAUUUGGAUUGGCAUUGACACCGACCUGAACACCUCCGACCUGGAGAUCAACUCACCGCUGAUUUUUCAAGUGGUGGACAACUUCUUUUGCAUCUUCUUUUCCUUCGAAAUUUCCGUGCGCUUCCUUGCAUAUCAGAAAAGCCGAGAUGCUUUCAAGGACUUCAGCUUUAUCUUUGACUUCUCGCUCGUUUUGACGAUGAUUUGGGAGGUCUGGGUCACUUCGAUGUUAGUCUUCCUCAUGCAAAGAUCAGUAGGCGGCGCAAACUUGUCCGUGCUGCGGAUCCUCCGACUCUUCCGCCUCGUGCGAAUCGCGCGUGUAGGAAGGCUUAUGAGUUCAUGUCGCGAGCUCAUCGUCUUAGUGAAAGGCAUCAGCAUGGGAUUGCGUUCCGUGCUCUCCACCUUGUUCUUGAUGAUGGUGGUGAUCUAUGUCUUUGCGAUCAUCUUUACGCAGCUCUUCCGUGGCACGGACGAAGGUGCUGGUUGCUACGAUGGCGUCCUGGAAUCCAUGAACUGCCUCAUGCUGAAUGUGGUAUUUCCAGAGCAACAGGAGUUGAUGCACAAGAUGUUGGAGGUGGGUCCAAUCACCUACCUCCUUGGGCUUUUCUAUUUGUUGAUCACCGGCUUGACUGUGAUGAACAUGUUGAUCGGUGUGCUUGUGGAGGUUGUUUCAGUGACUGCGCAAGUGGACAAGGAGGAAACGGCCAUGAAGGCGGUGAAAGAGAAGAUUGAGGAGCUGAUUCCAGCAGAUUCCAGGCAGACCGGAAUCUCACGAGAACUUUUCAUGAAAGUCAUUAUGGACCAGGGCCUUGUCCAGACCUUGUCCAACAUCGAUGUCGACGUCAUGUCUGUAGUGGAGUACCCUGAGAUCAUGUACCAUUCUCGGAAUGCCUUGUCCGUGCCCGAGUUGGUGGAUGCGAUCCUGCAGUUCCGGAGAACCACCUCGGUAAGCAUGAUGGACAUCGCGCAACUGCGACGUUUCAUGGUGAAUGAACUCGAGGACUUGAGGGGCCUCAUCAAGUCCAACCAGAUGUGAAGGACUGGUGAUCCAGAAAACGACAAGACAGCGAUUGGCGAGUUGAUUCAGUGGGUUGUAAUCGUGGAUGGUCGAAGGUGUUUUAGGUGUUUUGUUUCUCUCAUGCUUGUUGGCGUUCCUAACACGUUUGUUUGUUUGUUUUUUGUGUUGCGGUUCUCAGUCACUUUGC